UGCUUUUGCUCCCACUCCAUCGUCGUCACCAUUCGCCCACUGUCUGGAACGACCACCCUUCAAUCCUCCGUAUCAGUCUUCGAUCCUUUACCCCCACAAUGUCUGCCCCAGACCCUCAAGAAGCCUGGCGCCGGCUUCAGACCGAGCUCUCGAGACGGACGCAGCGAUUCGGUAGACCCGGAGGUGGGCCACCAAAGGGUUCCAUAGGCGGUGGUUUGGCCCUCUUUGUGGUGGGAGGUGGUAUCUGGCUAGCAAGUAAUUCGCUCUUCAACGUCGACGGUGGCCAUCGAGCAAUCAAGUACACUAGGGUAGGCGGCGUCCAAAAAGAAAUCUACGCUGAAGGAACUCAUAUUCGAAUCCCUUGGUUCGAAACACCCAUCACUUACGACGUGCGCGCAAAGCCGAGGAAUGUCGCUUCUCUUACCGGCACAAAAGACUUGCAGAUGGUCAACAUCACCUGCCGUGUACUGUCCCGACCACGAGUCGAUGCACUUCCGCAGAUCUACCGUACGCUGGGCACAGACUACGAUGAGAGGGUUCUACCAUCGAUCGUAAAUGAGGUGCUGAAGAGUGUGGUUGCGCAAUUCAAUGCCUCACAGCUGAUCACGCAGCGUGAAAACGUCAGUAGGCUUGUGCGGGAUAACUUGGUGAGGAGGGCUGCGAGGUUUAAUAUCAUGUUGGAUGAUGUGUCAUUGACACACCUCGCCUUCUCCCCUGAGUUCACCGCCGCCGUCGAAGCCAAACAGGUUGCCCAGCAAGAAGCCCAACGAGCUGCCUUUGUCGUCGAUAAAGCGCGCCAAGAGAAGCAAGCCACAGUUGUCCGCGCCCAGGGUGAAGCACGAUCCGCCGAGCUUAUUGGUGAUGCCAUCAAGAAGUCCAGGUCCUACGUUGAUCUAAGGGAGUUUGAGAAUGCGAGGCAAAUUGCCCAAAUCCUGCAGCAAAGCCAGAACAAGCUGUACUUGGAUUCAAAUGGCUUGGGUCUCAAUAUUUCACAGACAAUUUCUGACAAGGAGAAGCGGGCUGCGAGGUAAGGUGGUAAAUAAUGGGCGGCCGGGGAAAGAAGCAUUGGGACUAGGGAGGAUGAAACCCUUUGUACAACGAUGGCUCUAUAUGUAAAAGUAGUAAAAGCUUCAGAGUGCCUUUCCACUCUUGUCUGAAAAUAGGGAAUGUUCAGGGCUUAAGUCAAGCAUUCAAGCC